AGUAAAAGAGCUUCGCAAUUUUCCGAUGGCAGUGAAGCAUUAACGCUACUCCAACGUAUCUCUUAUGAGAAUAGAAAUGGCUGUACAAGACGGACUUGGGUAUUUGAAUGCUUUCAUGGCACCUUUUCUCGAAAUAUACCUCAUUCCAUAGCACAUCUCGGCGAUUCCAAGCUUCGAUUUCCAGUAUACAUUCUUCUAUCGCUGAAAAGAGGACCAGCCAUCAUGCAACGCUUCAACCUUACCGCCACCGGUUACAAUCUCAACUAUCUCCCCGAGUACAUCGCCCUUCGCCAUGGCUUCUUCCGCGAGCAAGGACUCGAAGUCACAGUGACCAUCCCUACGCCCUGGGACGGCGUGCUCGACGCCCUCGAGAACGGCACAGCCGACAUGGCUCUUGGCGGUAUUUGGGUCCCGUCAAUGUACCGCGACAGGGUCCAGAACUACCCUGUGUUUGCGCAAAUCGCGAAUCGCUGCCCUCUGGCCAUACUCAAACACGGCCCUCCUGAAGGGUUUGGCAGCCAGUUAGAAUGCUCCUACGCACGGUUUAAGCUGGCCGAUAUGGCUGGGAAGACGGUUCUGAUGAAGUCAGGCGGCGGGGCAAGCGUUGGCCUGUUCUUCAAGAUGCUGCUGCGCGAGAAUGGCAUCGACGCAAGGUCCGUCGACUACAUCCAGGACCUCGACGGUGUAAUGCUGGGCAACUUGUUCCAAGGUGGGAUGGGCGAUUACUUUGUUACAGACAACCUCUCUGCCCUGGCUAUGGCUGCGCGCAAUCCUAAGGUCUCAAUUGCGAUGCAAACGGUCACGGAGGGCGACAUCCCUUGGAGCGUGUACUACCGGGAGACGGCCACAAUCAACGCUGAGGUUCUAGAUGCGCAGAGGCGAUUCUGCAUCGCCCUGGAAAAGGGCAUAGCCUGGGUGCUCCAGCACGACGCAGAGAAGUUCAGAGAUGAGCUCGCAGAGCUGUUUCCCGCUGUCCCAGUCGAUGUCGCGGUCAGCGUGACCAACGCCUUCCGUCACGACGGCAUGUGGACAUCUACCUCUGUGUCCCGCAACGGAUUCGAGCGGUGGCAGCUGGGGCUCCGCGAUGCGCGUCUGGUCGAGGAGCCAAUUGCCUACGACGACAUUGUCAACGAUGGACCCGCGGCCGCAGCGCAGAUAGUAGCGCAGACUGCGGCGGAUAACUUACCUCUAGUCGUGAUUCGAUCCUACCCACCUUCAACAAGUCCAAUUUUCGUCUCUGAUACUCAACUACUUUCUCAGCACAUAGUUUUCUUUCAUGUACACACUCACACUACCAAACUCGUAACACUACAUUUUAGGGUAUAA